AUGGCAUAUUUACCAAAUGAGGUUCUGCAGGAGAUAUUCAGCUAUUUCUGUCUGCACUGCUACGGAGAUGACGAGUCAACAAUUUCGCCCGCACACCUGCGGGACUCUCCCCAGGACCCCGACGCGCGGUCCUGGCAUUCCUUGGAUUAUCAUACCUUAUCCUGUCUAUGUCUAGCUUCCAGGGGCUUCUGCGCGGUUGCUCAGCCGAUCUUAUACCAUGAAUUUGCACCUGGACAUGGAGACUCUUGGCGCUCCAACUUCUACUCAUGGAAUGGCAGACUUGCUUCUUUCUUGCUGACACUGUCGAGACGACGAGAUAUUGCUGCCAAGGUGAAGAAAGUCUACAUUCAUCCAAGACUACUGAAGUUUGCCGCCGAGGAUGACGCACAGGAUAUGCUGAGUGAAGCUGCACGAGCAUUGCAGAUCAAAGAUCAGCUGGAACUGUCGACUCAAGACAUGUUAGCGCUCGUCAUUGCGUUGUUACCAAGUCUUCAACAUUUGAGUCUUCAAGUCAAUGAAUCCUUGGAGAACCCCGUUCGCUGGUCAGCACUACAUGCGACUGGGAACUCAUGCCUGCAACUGAAAACCGUCGAUGUUGGCAUGCAUUCGUCAGGAUCGGGGUUCUUCAACGAUCGUGAAUUUUGUGCGAGUGGUCUGCUGUCAAGUUGUGCGCAUCUAGAGACCUUGAAUAUACACCUGCGUAACAGCGACUGGUUUAAGCCUCUCGAUGUAUCACUGCCUGGGAUUAAGACCACGAUUAGCGUCACGGACACGAGACUCAGCGCGAAGGAACUCAACCGACUCCUUCAAUCAUGUACGGGUCUACGCGGUUUUGCGUACAAGGUCGCGCCCCCAGACAUUUCAAUCGGCGAAUGUUAUUAUGAAAACUACGGUAAUCACUUCGAUCCAUUAGACGGGAUUCAAUACCUCUCUCGCCACCACGAAACCCUCGAAUCGAUCCACUUAGACUUGAACUGGUGGAAACCCGCCUUUGUUGCCGGUGAGCGCAACAGCUGGCCCCGACAUCAGCCUGUCAUCAACUUUCAGGGCUUCACUGCCCUACGACAUUUGUUUCUGAGUGCAGGCGAGAUCUACGACUUGUCAUAUGAAGAACCACCGCCCCUAGUCGACCUUCUCCCGCAGAGCAUCGUAUCGUUGCACUUUGGGAGGGACAUGCGCCCUUGUGACCCUGGUUUAUUGCAUGGUAUAGAAGGCCUCGCGACUGCUGUCUCGGACGGAUUGUUCCCGAACUUGAAGAAGGUCAGAUGCCCCCCGGAGAGUGGAAUGCCCGAUCCGAUUGUUGCGCGUGCGAUGUUCGUCGCUGCCGGAGUGGAUUUUGGCUAUGAUAACUCGGAUUUGAGCAAGGCAAACCCCUAUCUACCUAGUGAUCGGCCGCUACCUUCGACGCCAAUGGUUCUUGAUGCGGAUGGUGUGUGGAGGUUUCCAUGGCCGGAUGAGGAUCCGGAUUUGUAG